AUGAAUAACAAUGAAGAUAUAUAUUUGUAUAUUACACCGUUAAUCAACAACAUCAACAACAACAAUAAUAAUAAUGAUAAUAAUGAUAUUGUACAAUUAGAAAGAUUAAAAUUGGUUGAAAAGAUUGAAUCUUUACUUUUGGAUCAUGUGACUAUGAAUCAAUCACAAUAUAAUCUUGUAUUGUCACAAACAAUGAUUAGUAGAUACUGUUAUCUUGAUCAUAGUACCUCUCCUAGUACGAUUGAUGAUAAAGAGAAAAGGUUGGUGACUAAAAAGUUAAAGAUGUUAUUCUUUAGAAAAUUAAAUAGCUUGGUUGGUGGAUCAAAUGAUAAACGUGUUGAUGAUGAUGAUCGCAAUCAUUUAUCAUUAUAUAUUAAAUUUAUUAAACAAGUAUUAUUGGAUACAUGUGAAAAUGAAUCAAAAGAGAUAUCAAAAGUAUUGGAUCGAUACAUAUUUAGUAGCGAUGCAGCUAGAUGGUUUCAAAACUUUUUCUACAAGCAUCCCAAUCGCAUUAAACUAUACUUUCAACACUUUCACUACGAUGGAAAGAAUCUACACGGUGCAUUGGCAUUGGAGAGAUUCAUCUUUUGUGAAAGAGAUAAUGUAUGGGAUCUCUUGAAAUGGAGUGGUGCUCGUCCCGUCACCCCCAUCAUUGCAGCUCAACACCGAGAACAACUAUUAAAUCUAGAUGUGGUGGCCACUAUCAAUAACUUUAUCGACUAUCAAGAUCGUGAACCCAAAAUAGGCAUCUUUUGGCGUGACUAUAUUUACAAGAGAAUUAUUAAAGAUGGUGGUGGCGAUGGUAGUUUUCUAUCAAUAGAUUAUAAUCAUUUUGUAAAUCUACUUUAUGAUUUAUUAUUGGAUACAAAUAGAGUCGAACGAGAAGGUCAAGGUGAAUCAUCGUUGUUGGAAACAAUCAAUGAUAUUCUAGAUCAUUUAUUUGAUCAUAUUGGGUUUUCAUCAAUGACACUAUCUCUAUUGAAUCAAGAUGAAAUCAUUGAAUUUAUCAAAGAUACAUCAAUGGAUUUAAAAAUUCAACCAAAACCACAACCACAAUCAUCAUUCAAUCAAUUAUUAUUAUUUAAUAGUUUAAUACAAAAUAAUAUUAAUAUAUUAAUUAAUAAUUUAUUUAAUAAUGAUGAAUAUUUAGAUACAAAAUUAAAAAUUGAAUCAACAUUGAAUGAAUUUAUACAAACUACAACUAUCUCUACUAUUAAACAACAAGAUAAUAAUCAGCAACAGAAUAGUAAUAAUAAUAGAUUAAUAGAAUCAUUUAUUUAUUAUUUUACAAUGAAAAGAUGGUUAAAUAUUAAUAAUAUCGAUGACUAUUUAAAUUUUAAUCAUAUUCAAUUCAAAAAAUUAGAUAAUAACAAUCAUCAUAAUAAUAGUAAUAAUGAUGAUGAAAAAGAAGAAGAAGAAGAAGAAGGAACCAAAAACAUAGAUAAUACAAUUUGGUCUGUAAAUCAAUCAAAUGGUAAACCUAUUGAAUUGACACUUAAAGAUUUUCCAUUCUAUUUAUAUUCAAAAUUAAACAGCAAAUAA